UUCAAAAUUCAAAUAUACCGUAAAAGCCCAAUUCCUUUUCUGUCGGUAAUUGCAUGAUUCAGUGAGCGCGAGGUGGCCUUGUAGAGAACAUUCGAAUAGCGGGAAACCUAUCGUUCGCCGCGGGAAAAUCCAAAAACCUCAAGAAAUUGGUUUGCUAUGGCUUCCUCAUCUUCUUCUAUCUCUGCGGCAGCGGGUCCUGAUAUUCCUUGGGUUGAGAAGUAUCGCCCUACUAAAGUGGCUGACAUAGUCGGGAAUGAAGAUGCUGUCUCCAGGCUCCAAGUCAUUGCCCGCGACGGAAACAUGCCCAACCUCAUUUUAGCCGGACCUCCUGGAACUGGCAAGACCACUAGCAUAUUAGCUCUUGCUCAUGAACUUUUAGGUCCCAAUUAUAGGGAGGCUGUUUUGGAGCUGAAUGCAUCAGAUGACAGAGGUAUUGAUGUUGUGCGCAACAAAAUAAAGAUGUUUGCACAGAAGAAGGUUACGUUGCCUCCGGGAAGGCAUAAGAUAAUAAUUUUGGAUGAAGCGGAUAGCAUGACAUCCGGAGCUCAACAAGCUUUGAGGAGGACCAUGGAAAUAUAUUCAAACUCCACACGUUUUGGACUUGCUUGCAACACGUCCUCAAAGAUCAUUGAGCCUAUCCAGAGUAGAUGUGCCCUUGUUCGUUUCACCAGAUUAUCUGACCAAGAGAUUCUCGGUCGUCUUAUGAAUGUGGUUGCAGCAGAGAAGGUUCCCUAUGUUCCCGAAGGUCUUGAAGCCAUUAUUUUCACAGCCGAUGGGGAUAUGAGACAAGCUCUGAACAACUUGCAAGCCACAAACAGUGGCUUUGGAUUUGUAAAUCAAGAAAAUGUGUUCAAGGUGUGUGAUCAGCCCCAUCCAUUGCACGUGAAGAACAUGGUGCGCCAAGUUAUUGAAGGGAAAUUUGACGAUGCCUGCACCGGAUUGAAGCAGCUCUACGAUAUGGGCUAUUCACCCACCGAUAUAAUCACCACACUUUUCCGAAUCCUCAAGAAUUACGAUGCGCCAGAGUACUUGAAGCUUGAAUUCAUGAAGGAGACGGGCUACGCCCACAUGAGGAUCUGUGAUGGAGUUGGCUCGUAUCUUCAACUGUGUGGUUUACUAGCGAAGCUCGCACUCGCCCGAGAAACAGCCAAAGGAGCUUAGUUACCCACCCCAUCAUCAAGGUGAGUAUGACAUUUAACAAUGUGUAUAAUUUCAGGAUUCAAUUAACCAAGGUAUCUGUUUGGCAUUGUAGUUUUUUGUGGUAAUAUAAACCAUGGUUACAUUUUGGGAUUUUGUUGUACUGAAUUCAUGAAAGGUGUGUUCUUUUUGUAAUUGAGAUGUUUUAGUUUU